AAAUGCAAUCACCAAACUCUAAUCUCGAAUAGAAUGCAUCGAAACUAAAUGAACCAAAUUAUUGUUAGUACCGCCAUAUGUUAUGAUUAUUAAGUUACGUAACAACUUAAUAGUUUUCUGCAGAUAAAUUAUCGACAGACCAAUUAGUAGGCAGUUAACAAUUCAAAUUAAAACGAAAAUCUGCACCCUUUCACUGAAAAAUCCAACAAACAAGGUAUAUAACUGAGAAUGGCCAAAAUGAUUUCGUUAGUUAUCAGUCAGACUCCAAUCUCAACGGGCAAUAUGGGCAAAUACCUCCUCCUUCUAGCAGCUCUCAUAGCAGCUGCUUGUGCGAAACCCCAGUACGCAGGAGGAUCAGCAGGAGGACUCUUGGAGCAUCAUGGUGAACCACUAAAACACGUGGUGAUCGGUCUUAGCAGAGGAAUCGAGAUAGAGCAUCAUGAAGAGCCUAAACAUGAAGAGCCUAGAUAUGAGGAGCAUCACGAAGAGCAACAAGAAGAAUACCAUCACGAAGAGAAACACGAAGAAGGAAAAGGAGGAUUCGGAGGAUCUCAUUUCCAGACUCCUGUGGAUAUUCAUCAUGAGCAAGCAGUUCAUCUGAAGGCACACCCAGAAUACCACUACGACUACCACGUAGCAGACCACAAACAUAAAGACUACAAGAGCAAACACGAAGAGAGGGAUGGUUACAAAGUGAAGGGUAGCUACAGUCUUCUUGAACCUGACCACAAAACCAUCAGGGUUGUGGAUUACGUCUCAGACAAAAAGACUGGCUUCAUCGCUAAAGUAUCCUACAAGAAACACCAGUGAUUUCUUCACCUUGCCAUAUUUCACUUAUUUUAAUACGUUUUUGUAUAUAUUAUAGUUGACAUGUUUU